AUGGCGUUGUCCAUGGUGGAUGCGAUUUUGGCCCAAGCAAGGAAUACUACCCAAGAAGAUAUCAAUAAUAUUUGUUCAAAUGCUCUCGUGAAUUUUGGUAUUCCUGAGAAACGGGGUCAGUGUAUGAAAUUGUUGAGACAACUUUUCCUGGUUCUACAGAACUUUAAUUCCAAACCAUGCAUUCUGCCCAAAUUGCUAGCCAAUUUGUUCCUGUCUGCUGUGUCGGUGAAAAAGAGCAGUCGGGAGUGUAUACUAUGCAAACAAAUCUUCAUGGAACUUUUGGCCUCUGACGUCGAGGGUGAGAAUCAAAUUGGUGAAAUGUUAACAAACAAAGUGGAUGUGAAACAAGGAAUAAACAGUCUCCCUUUCUACUAUGUUCAGGGUCGAAAGAUAGGCUGUCUUGUGAAGAUGGUGUCUGAAGCAGUAAGGUGGUUAUCAACCAGUGAAGCAGAUUUUGAUGUUCAACGCAAGAGUUUUUCAUUUAUUGUCGCUGUAGUCACUCUGCACUCACAAGUUAUAAAAAGAGAUGACAUUGGUGAAGUGAAUAAAUUUAUUCCAAACUGGUUAAUGGAGGCCAGUCGGCAUCAAGCCUCAAAUCCUGCUACACUAAAUCCCUUCAAGAAAGAAAAGACACUAGUCACAGAGAUUGAUGGCACCCCCAGCAGGAAUUUCUUUACUAUUCUUAAUGUUGCCCAGUAUAAUACUGACGACCAGUUUCUGAAUAUCUUUACAUUUUCCAUGUUAUAUCAGUGGCUUGACCAUACAAUAAAAGUAGUUCCUACGACAGCUGAUGAUCUACAAUCCCUCACAUCAUCUCAGGGGACAUCAUCUGUGUCUUUAAGCCCCUCACUCCCUAAAGAAUUUGCUAUGCUCACUUCUAGAGUCAUAGACUACUGCUUCCGUGUGUUCGACCAGUGUGAAAGAAAACCCAAGGUGGCAACUGAUGUAGAUUUUCAAAAUGCUUGCUUGAUGGAGACUAUAAAUAUUCUAGAUGCCAUUUGUAAAGUUGACAAAGAACAAACUCCUCGGGUAUUCCAAGAAGUGAAGCGUUUGUUUUCUAUGCUCUCUUCUGAUACAAACCGCACUCCAAGAGUGAUGAUCAACCUGCUGCAAUUUUUUAUCAACCAUAGUGCUACUGUAGUGCAUGAUCCCCAAUAUGCUUAUACACUGUUCUUCAAUCAACUAUUGAGCCAAAAAUUUAAAGAACAUCACAUUGCUUUUGACACAGUAAUGCUACUGCAUGACAACCUAGAUACUCUCUGUUAUAAGACCAAUGUAUUAUCUAAGUUCUUCCCUAAUAUUCUCAAGAUUAUUGCUUGGAAUCCUCAAACUUUUGUUAAAGAAUUUGAAGAUAUUUUGCCUGCAAUGAUUACACAGAGUACUGCUUUAGAGGUCUUUCAUCGACUGUUGGAGUUACCCUGCCUCACUGCAUGUCUAGAAGCUUCUGACAAACUUAAAAGAGGAGAUAUCAAUGACAUGGAAUCCGUCUCUUUCCAAGCUUUGCAAAAUGAGGCUUACAAACCUUUGUUCAAUUAUAUUUUAAGUUCUGACUGUGGACAUGGUGAUACUAUCAACAAAUUGGGUGAAUUAUACGAAGCUUUACAUGACAUGCGAGACAGUGCUCGAGUGAUUGUCUGCUCAGAGGCUGUCCCUCAUCUGCUGGGUGUUUAUUUUUCUGUGAUUCUGGAAGAUGGCAAUGAAGAAUUUGCCUCCUGUCUUGUAUCAGUUCUCUUGGAGAGAGUCUCCAUGCUCUAUGACGUUCCAGGUUACAAGAAAAACGUAAAGAAGUUGUUUGCGGACUACAUUGUGAAACUGCUCAGUCAAUACCCCUACAUUGUGAUCAAACAGAGAGGGGAAAUCAUUGACUACCUCAUGAACACGCAUAACAUGACAGAUGACCGCUUCUUCAUGCACUUGGUAUGGAGUGUUGGUGAGUUCUGUAGCUCAGUUUUGGACAGCAACUGUACAGCGAAAAUUAUUUCUAAAUACUAUGAAGUUCUUGAAACACUUCUUUAUGAAUGGUCAAGUAUCACCAUGACAUCUGGACCAGAUCAGGAAUUCCCACCACGUCUACUUUCUAUUCUCAUGUCUGCCUCAGCUAAGCUUGCAUCUCGGUGUCAAGACUUGAUUCCUCGAGCUGUUCUCUGCCUGACCAAAGUCUAUAGCCAACUAUGUGCCCCUAACGAAUUACCAGGUGACACAAAGGAUUCUCUGUUGACCACUACUCAAGAACUCAUCAACUUGUUCAGUUUCCCAAACUUUGCAUCUGUGAUAUUAAACCCAUCUUUAGAAAUACAAUCAGGCAGAUGUCAUCAAGAUAAUAUGUGCCUGCCAAUUGUUCUUCGGGCAACACACAAUAUGUUACUAGUAGACUGUAGUAAAAAGAAACUCCUUGAAACUGUCAAGUGA